GAACCUCCACCUCCACCUGCUCCUCCACCUGAUCCUCCACCUGAUCCUCCUCCUCCUCCACCACCUGUACCUCCUCCUCCUCCUGGUGAAAAGGUGGGUGGACAAGCCUCAACAUGGGGCAUCUCAUGUAGACGAUUGCGUCUGUCUUCUGCACUUACCAGUACAAAGCUGAACCACACAGUAGCGAAUACGAUGGAAAGAUAUGUCAUAUUUGUCCUUGGACGAUGUGGUAGCCUAUAG